UUGCCAAAAGAACCACUCCAUGUUUUCUAAAAAGCCUAGAGAACAUACAUCCGGUGCCUCUAUUCUUUCCCUUGGUGUUCAUCAUUUUGGCAAAUCACUGAAAGGUGGUGGUUCCAGCUGAAAGGGUGUGAUCAUUUUUUAAAAAGCUCUACUGAGAAAUGGAGAACAGUGGCAGAUAGAAGAGGACAAAGUGUCAGAAGUGUCAGACUGAGUUUUGAGAAAGCAGAGAAGACCCUUAAAUGAAGUCAGAUCUGUCGAGGCCUGUAAACUGGUCAGAAGAAUGUGUCACAGAUUCCUGAGGCGGCUACUGACUGAGGAGAGCCGGCACUCCACCCCUGUUGGGCGCCUCCUGCUUCCUGUGCUCCUGGGAUUCCGCCUGGUGCUGCUGGCUGCCUGUGGUCCUGGGAUCUACAGUGAUGAGCAGAGUGAAUUCGUGUGCAACACCCAGCAGCCAGGCUGCAAGGCCAGCUGCUUCGAUGCUUUCCAUCCCCUUUCUCCACUGCGCUUCUGGGCCUUCCAGGUCAUCUUAGUGGCUGUUCCCAGUGCCCUCUACAUGGGUUUCACCCUGUAUCACGUGAUCUGGCAUUGGGGAGAAUCAGGAAAAGGGAAGGAGGAGCAGGAGGCUCUGAUCCAGGAAGGGGACAGUGGCAGAGACACCUCAGGGCUUGGAAGCUCCAGGUUGUUCUGGGCCUAUGUGGCACAACUGGGGGCCCGACUGGUUCUGGAGGGAGCAGCUCUGGGACUUCAGUACCAUCUGUACGGGUUCCAGAUGCCCAGCUCCUUUACAUGUCGUCAAGAACCUUGCCCCUUUCACAUCUCUUGUCAUCUGUCCCGCUCCUCUGAGAAGUCUAUCUUCCUAAAGACUAUGUUUGGGGUCAGUGGAUUUUGUCUCUUGUUUACUCUUUUGGAGUUUGUGUUUCUGGGUCUGGGAAGAUGUUAUAAGCCUUUGGGGACUUUUCUAGGUGUGUCCUCUUCUACCAGUCACACCCUCGCUCUGAGCAUGAGGAACCUCAAGCAGACCCAUCUGCCUGGCCAGAUUUGUUCCUUUGGUUCUUUGGACCACGUGCCCCCAUAGCCCCUGUGAAUUGGAAAAUCUCCUGCCCAGCCCCUACGUGGCUACAGCCAAGAGGAAGGAUCUUUAACCAAAUUAGUCAAGCCAAUGUUAUCCCUUGAGAUUCCAGACUUGGAGCCAACAAUGCCUGUAGUAUCUGCCAGGGGCACAACAGAGGAGGAAAGGAGCUGAGUGCACUGAGUGAACCUCUGCUUCACAGGCAAAUGGAAGAUAUGUCUGGAAGCGCAGAGGGAGAAAAGUGGAAUUAGUGAAAUUUAGAGCUAGGAGAUCCUGUGUUAGGCCAAGUUGGCAUAAUCACCGCCAUGUUAGGGAAUGCUGGGGCAAAUUAGCUUAAUUGCUACCCUGUUAAGUCUUCAAGGACGGAG